AUGAAGUUCUUAGCACUGUGCGCUAUCCUGCUCCUUGCCCUGGUGGCUGUCCAGGCGACUCCUGGCGGAUUCGGUUUUGGUGGACAUGGACAUGGUGGACGUGGACAUGGCGGCCAAGGCUAUAAUCGAGGUCCCGGUGUCUAUGGACCUGGUGGUGGAGGUGCCACUGCCAAUGCCCAGGCUAGUGCCAGUGCCAUCGCUCAAGGUGCCGGUGGUGGUGCCUACGGACCUGGUGCAUACGGACCUGGUGCAUACGGACCUGCUGCAUACGGACCUGGUGGUGGUGGCUUCGGACGUGGUGGUGGUGGUGGUAAUAGCUACGCCAAUGCCAAUGCCAAUGCAGUUGCUUCAUCCCAAGCUGGUAAAUAA